AUGGUCAGAAGUGGGCGUGACCGCGAUAGAGACCGAGAUCGGCGAAGGUCUCAUAGUCGGUCUCCAACACCUGAACGUAAGAGGAAAAGGUCUAGGUCUAAGUCGAGAGAUCGUGCAUCUAAAUCGUCGAAGAGAAAGCGUAGCCGUAGUCGGGAGAGAGAGUCGAAGAGAGACCGCAGUAGAGACCGAGAAAGAGAUAGAGACAGAGAGAGGGAUCGAGACAGGGAACGUGAUAGAGACAGAAAGAGUGAUAAACGUGAUGAUAAAAGAAAUGGAUCCAACAGCAAGUCCUCUAGAAAGAAAUCACCAGAGAAGGAAAAAGAAAGGUCCAAAUCAAAUGAGAAAACAGUCAAACAUGAUUCUUCUGAGUAUGAUCCAGGGACAGUAGAUAAGGAAGAAGAGCAAAGUCGUUUAGAAGCAGAGAUGCAAAAGCGUCGUGAGCGUAUUGAACGUUGGCGAGCAGAGCGUAAACGUAAAGAAAUAGAAUCUGCCAAAAAAGAGGUGCAGAAAGGGAGUAUUGUAACCAACAUACAGGUGCCUGCUACUAAGAAGUGGUCUUUGGAAGAUGACUCUGCUGAUGAAGGUGAAGAUGGAGAGGCCAAAGAAAAAUCAGUAGCAGAAGAGAAAAAACAAGAAGCUGAAGAAGAGAUUGAUCCUCUUGAUGCAUAUAUGCAAGAAGUUCAGCAGGAGGUGCGUAAAGUAAACCAGAUUGACCAGGCCAGAGGAAUUAUAAAUGUGCCGACUACAGGCGGCACUAUCGUAGUCGUCACAGGGACUGCUAAAAAGAAAGUAUCUGAACAGAAAAAUAAAGGUGAACUAAUAGAACAGAAUCAAGAUGGACUAGAAUAUUCUUCAGAAGAAGAGACAGAGGAUAUUAAAGAUGCUGCAGCGAAUCUGGCGUCUAAACAGAGAAAAGACUUGGCUAAAGUUGACCACGCUAGCUUAAACUACAUGUCUUAUAGAAAAGCUUUCUAUACUGAGGUAAGUGAGCUGGCAAGAAUGACUCCUGAAGAAGUGGAAGCCUAUAGAACGGAGUUGGAAGGUAUUAGAGUGAAAGGUAAAGGCUGUCCAAAGCCGAUAAAAUCUUGGGCCCACUGUGGUAUCAGCAAGAAAGAGAUGGACAUAUUAAGGAAGUUAAACUUUGAGAAACCAACACCUAUACAAGCACAGGCUAUACCUGCUAUUAUGUGUGGAAGAGACCUCAUCGGUAUUGCAAAGACUGGAUCUGGCAAGACUCUUGCCUUUAUCCUUCCAAUGUUUCGGCACGUGCUCGACCAGCCACCUUUAGAAGACACAGAUGGACCCAUGGCUCUUAUAAUGACUCCCACAAGAGAGCUGUGCAUGCAGAUCGGCAAGGACAUCAAGAAGUUCGCCAAGUCGCUAGGGUUGAGGGUUGUUUGUGUGUAUGGCGGUACCGGUAUUUCUGAACAGAUUGCGGAACUAAAACGCGGUGCUGAAAUGAUAGUAUGUACACCUGGUCGCAUGAUAGACAUGUUGGCGGCUAACUCUGGCCGCGUGACGAACCUGCGAAGAGUUACAUACAUCGUGCUGGAUGAGGCCGAUAGAAUGUUCGAUAUGGGCUUCGAACCUCAAGUUAUGAAGAUCAUAGAUAAUGUGAGACCAGACCGGCAGACUGUGAUGUUCAGUGCUACUUUUCCGCGACAAAUGGAGGCUUUAGCGAGAAGAAUAUUACAGAAACCGAUAGAAGUUCAGGUUGGCGGACGAAGUGUGGUGUGUAAAGACGUAGAGCAGCAUGUAGCCAUUUUAGAAGAAGACGCCAAGUUCUUCAAGCUGUUGGAGUUGCUAGGACUGUACAGCCAAUCGGGGAGCAUCAUAGUCUUUGUAGACAAGCAAGAAAACGCUGAUAGCUUGCUCAAGGACCUCAUGAAGGCCUCAUAUUCUUGCAUGAGUUUACACGGAGGGAUUGAUCAAUUCGACAGGGACUCGACGAUCGUGGACUUCAAGUCUGGGAAAGUGAAGCUGUUGGUCGCCACGAGUGUGGCCGCCCGAGGACUCGACGUCAAGCAACUGGUGCUCGUUGUCAAUUAUGACUGUCCGAAUCAUUAUGAGGACUAUGUGCAUAGAUGCGGUCGUACGGGGCGUGCAGGCAACAAAGGCUACGCUUGGACAUUCCUAACGCCUGAACAAGGGAGAUACGCCGGUGACGUGGUGAGAGCGUUCGAGCUGGCCGGCGCCACCCCACCGAACGAGCUGAGACAGUUGUGGGACAAGUAUAAGGAGGCACAAGAAAAGGAAGGCAAAAAAGUCCAUACUGGUGGCGGAUUUAGUGGAAAAGGUUUCAAAUUCGAUGAGUCUGAAGCACAAGCGGCAACGGAAAAGAAGAAAUAUCAGAAGGCGGCUCUUGGCCUACAGGACUCCGACGACGAAGAUGUGGAAGGUGACCUCGAUCAACAGAUUGAGACGAUGCUUGCGGCUAAGAAAAUUGUAAAGGAAAUUAAGCCGGGCGUGGCGGGCGCGGGCGUGCCGGCGGGCGCGGGGGCGGGGGCGGGCGCGGGCGCGGGCACGGACGGCAAGCUGGAGCAGGCGCGCCGCGCCGCCUCGCGCAUCAACCUCGCCAAGGGGCUCGGCGCCGAGCACAAGGGCGCCACGCAGCAGGCCGCCGAGGCCAUCCUCAAGGGCGCGCCCUCCGCGCACACGCUCAUCACGGCUAAAAUCGUAGCGGAACAGCUCGCAGCGAAAUUGAACACUCGUCUAAACUACCAACCGCGAGACGAAAGCGCUUCGGAACCGGCCGAGGAGGUGUUUCGUAAAUAUGAAACAGAAUUGGAGAUCAAUGACUUCCCACAGCAAGCUAGAUGGAGGGUCACCAGCAAGGAGGCUCUAGCAUUAAUCAGCGAGUAUUCUGAAGCCGGUAUCACAGUACGCGGCACAUAUGUCCCACCUGGCAAGACACCACCUGAGGGCGAACGUAAACUGUACCUUGCGAUCGAAAGCUCCCAAGAACUCGCUGUUGCCAAAGCAAAGUCCGAAAUCACACGACUCAUCAAGGAAGAACUACUGAAGCUACAGACCUCCGCACAUCACAUGAUAAACAAAGCUAGAUACAAAGUUUUGUAA